CUUCCUCAUCAGUUGAUUCACCAUUGAACCAUUUUCUCAGAGCCUAACUAACGAUCGAGACAGCAAAACUACUUGUGAUCUGAAACAAACGACUAUCCUAAUUGGUCUCCAACACUUUAGAUUUUGAUUAUCCUUUCUAUUCCGAUUAAAUUUGGUUCAAUUUCUUUCUGGAUAAACACCGAUAUUGGGAAUUCGAUCUUCAGCUGCAUAAAUUGUUCGAUCAUUUUCAGCAAUUUAUGGUUAAUAAUAUAUAGGGAUCUGCUUUUUUAGCUGUUUCUCCAAUGGCGUCUUGGCUUAAAGCCGCAGAAGAUUUGUUUGAAGUAGUGGAUCGGAGGGCAAAGAUUGCAGCUGGUGAGAAGGUAGAUGAACAGCCUAGUUCUCAGACACCAGUGUCCAAUGGACAAGGAUCUCAACCAAAGAGGUCAAGGCCGAGAAGGAAGCCUCAAAAGCGAGUUUCUUCAAAUGAAAAGCCUAACACAUUUGAUACUGAAAGUACACAAACUCCCAAAGAAAUGCCAGAAUUAGAUGUGGCCACCAAUAGAGAUAAGGAUGUUAUGCUUGUUGAAAAUAAUCAGACACUUCCGGACAAAACUACCAUCAAAGAGAACCAAAAUGUUGAUGGAGAUGGUGCUGCAGUGGAUGCUCCUUUAUCUGAAACAAUCGCUAAUAAUGAGCUAAAUGUUAGCGUUAAUAGCACGGAAGCAGAAGCACAUGGCAGUGAUACAAAUACUGUGCCCUUAAAAUCAAAUGAUAAGCAUAGUGAAAACAUUUCAGAAGUUCAUGAAGGGCCUACACAUCAUGCUGCUAGUGUUGAUGAUAAUACCUCACAUAAUGAUGGACCAGUUGAGUCAAGCCAGGCCAUUGUCCUUGAUGAUGCAGUACCACCUAAGAAUAAUGGGCAUGAAGAACUUCAGUCUGCAAGUGGAGGUGAUCCUGGUAAAGUUGAUAAGCUAGUGGAGGAUACUAAUGCCAAAGCUGAAAUAGUUUCAGACUUAAACAAGCUUCCGGAACACAAAACUUCUACUACUUCCAUGAAAGUGCAAGAGCAACUUGAUGAGGCUCAAGGGUUGCUUAAAAAUACAAGUUCUACUGGUCAGUCAAAGGAAGCACGCUUGGCUCGGGUAUGUGCUGGGCUUUCAUCACGUCUUCAGGAGUACAAAUCUGAAAAUGCACAGUUAGAAGAGCUUCUUCUUUCCGAGAGGGAGCUGAGUAAAUCUUAUGAGGCUCGCCUGAAGCAGCUUCAGAAAGAUUUAUCUGAAGCAAAAAAUGAGGUGUCAAAAGUGGAAUCUAGUAUGGCUGAAGCACUUUCUGCAAAGAAUGCUGAAAUUGAGGCUCUUGUUAGUUCUAUGGAUUCAUUAAAGAAGCAGACUGCUUUAUCUGAGGGUAAUCUGGCAUCUUUGCAGGCAAAUAUGGAGGCUCUAAUGAGAAAUAGGGAAUUAACAGAGACGAGGAUGAUGCAAGCUGUAAGGGAGGAACUGGCUGCUGCAGAACGAAGAGCUGAGGAGGAGCGUGCUGCACAUAAUGCUACCAAGAUGGCAGCUAUGGAAAGGGAGGUAGAACUAGAACAUCGUGCUCUUGAGGCCUCCACUGCAUUGGCCAGGAUCCAGAGAACUGCAGAUGAAAGGAUGACAAAGGCGGCAGACCUUGAGCAAAAGGUGGCACUGCUUGAGGUUGAGUGUGCCACCUUAAAUCAAGAAUUACAAGAUAUGGAAGCUCGUGUUCGUCGUGGACAAAAGAAAUCUCCAGAAGAUGCAAACCAAGCAAUUCAGUUGCAGGCAUGGCAAGAGGAGGUGGAGCGUGCACGCCAAGGUCAAAGAGAGGCAGACAACAAGCUUGCUUCAAUGGAGGCUGAAAUGCAAAAGCUGAGAGUUGAAAUGGCUGCCAUGAAAAGAGAUGCAGAGCAUUACUCACGUCAAGAACAUAUGGAGCUAGAAAAGCGGUAUCGUGAACUGACAGAUCUAUUGUAUUACAAACAAACACAACUUGAAGCAAUGGCCACAGAAAAAGCUGCAGCAGAAUUUCAAUUAGAGAAGGAAGUAAAGCGUCUUCAGGAGGCACAGUUAGAAGCUGAACGGAGCAGAGUUUCUCGCCGAGCAUCAACUUCUUGGGAGGAAGAGACUGACAUUAAAACGCUCGAGCCUCUCCCAUUGCAUCAUCGACAUAUGGCUGCAGCCAGCAUACAGUUACAGAAGGCAGCAAAACUUUUAGACUCAGGGGCAGUCAGGGCUACACGAUUUCUAUGGCGAUAUCCAACGGCUCGAGUUCUUUUGCUUUUCUACCUGGUCUUUGUUCAUUUGUUCUUGAUGUACUUGCUGCAUCGCCUCCAGGAACAAGCUGAUACACUAGCAAACAAAGAAGUUGCAAUGUCUAUGGGUCUGGUGAACCAAACCUUACCAUGAAGCUUCUUGCUAACAGAGUAUAUCUAGUAUUAUAGGAAAACCACGAUCGGUUUUGCAUAGCUUACUUCACAACCAGAUAUAUGUGGCAAAAACAAGAAAGACAUGAAGGGAAAGAUUGUGCUUCAUUUCGGUAACCAGUGCAAUGUCUAUGGGGCUGAUCUUUGCUUUGACAAUGCACAUGAUUCAGGUUUGAUGGCUCAAACCAGGCUUGUGCAAUUGUUUCAACAAUUUCCUCAAUGAUGAAUUUCUUUCUACUUUAUUCCUCUUUGCAUUUCAUCCAACUGGCGUGAUUAUAAAAAGAAUGCAUACAAGUUUUUAUACUUUGAUCUAACAUGAUGUGGUUUUUAGUUGGCAUUUUUUAUAGAGUGGUGCCUCUUGAUAUAUGAUUAGAAAACCUACCAAUAUGAGCUUUUCAGUGCCUUUUAUUUCAUUUGUAAAGACUUAAAGCAAUGUAUAUACCUUGUAAUUAUCAAGAACAAUUUGGUUCAUUUUCUUCA